GUUCGACCAGACGCCCUCGGACUAGUCGCCUGUUUGUCUCGCUCUCACGCACGUUGCUAGCGCGCGCGCCCGCUUGCCUGUCUGCGGAAGGAGCCGAGAGUUGCUAGCGCCGCGUGUGAAAACAUAGGUUGCUGAAUGACCGUGGAGGGAAAAGCACCAAAAAUACUCCUGUGCAAAUAGUUAUAGUAACUGUAGCCAGAGAUAUAUUGGAUCACAUUUUGUUCUGGUACUCAUCGUCUUCUGCAGCCUCAUUUCUCUUAAUUCGGCAGUUUUUGUAGUACAUUGUGACUGAGCACCAGAAAGGAAAGCUGCUGGUGUUUCCUGUGAAGAAAGCUUUUAACAAUGGCUAGCCAGGUAAGAUCAUUUGGUGAGAAUGAGCCCACUGUCUUUAACUCCUGUGAGGAAAAGGCAUAACCAUGCCCAGAGCUGUUGGCAGAUGUCAAGCUUAAAACUGUGUAUGUGUGGGGUGAGGGUUGCCCUAUGCUUUCUUCAGAUACAUUUCUGACAAGCCGCCUUUCCCCUGCUGUGGAAAUCUUAAAUUAAGCAGCUAGGGGCUGGGAUGUGGGGUGGGGGUCAUGAAGCAUUGCUUUCUGUGCUGUUUAAGAGUUAAGUUCUUGUGGUGGGACUUUCCUAUAACACUCACUAUUUAGGAUGCUACACUCGUGCACUAGAAGUGAAAUGCCACUAUCCAUGUAAGUAAUUAUAAUGUUGUUUCUGUAUCCCUAAGGUGAGGGAUAUUAUCUGUGUUACCUUGGCUACUGCCCCCUACUCUCCUUUUCCUUGCCAUACAACAGCCUCUGCUGGCUUCUUUCUUUUUUAAAAUGCAACUUUUUUUGUUGCAUGUUGCUGUCAUGAAAACUGGAGGAGAGUUCUCCAUGGCUCUGUCCUGCCCCUGAUAGUUGACCUGGAGUAAUCUCACAUCUUGUAGUGUGGAAAACCUUCUUGGAGAAGAAGGGCUCCUUGCAAGGAGGAGGCCAAAGCCUCUUGUAGGUAAAAUUUGUGUUCUGGCUCUGCCUCUCAUUUAUAGGGCCUCUUUGCUCUACAGUGUCUCUGAGCAAAUCUCAGAACGCUUAAGCAAGGUCCUUUUGUAAAGCAACUCUUAAACUACAUGCUUGGUCAGCCUCUAAUGGUUAAUUUUUUUUUUAAAUUAAGGAAACCGAGGGAGUCAAAAUGUUGGCGUGAAAAGCAGUCACUCCUUUAGCCAGCUUGACCAAGUCAGGGGAAUAUGGCUUUUCAUACAAUCCUUUGGCUCUGUUAUUUUUGCCAGGCAUUUUCCCCAGAGGCUGCUUUCCCUCAUGGGAGGCGGAGGGAGAGAUGGGACCCCAGGCUUCUGUCAAGGGAAAGAUUGCUGUCAGGAAUCACAGAGGAGGCACAGAUGGCAAAGCCAGAAUUUCCUAGACAAGAAUUUGUUAGGGCAGAAUUUUCCAGGCCAGAAUUUGCAAUAUUUGUAGGAGAGAUAACUCCUGAAGUGGAUGAUUUUUUGCUCUAUGACUACUUUUUCAAAAGAUAUCCAUCUUGCGUAGACUGUAAAGUGGCCACAGAUCUGCUAGGAUAUUCCAGGGGUUAUGGCUUUGUGAGAUUCUCUGAUGAAGGUGAUAUGAUGAGAGCCUUGCAAGAUUGUCAGAAUGCACCUGGUCUAGGUGGAAGACGAAUCCGGUUGACUUUAGGAAUUUCUAAAAGAUUAAAAGCAGAAUUUCAGCGGUACCAGCCCUAUAGCUAUAAUGACUAUUACCAAGACUAUCAGAACUACUAUCGCCAGUAUAAUUAUGAUAGAAAUGAACGCUUUGAUCGCUAUGAACGCUUUGAACGAUUCGAUCGAGGCAGCCGUUUUGGUGAUCGUUUUCCAGACCGCUACCCUGAGCAGUUUAAUGACCGUUUUCCUGAACGUUAUGCUGAGCGCUUUGGUCCCCGUUUUGGUGACCGCUAUGGCGACUAUGCCGAUUAUGGUGAUUAUCCCGAAUAUGGAGAGUACGCCGAUUAUGGUGACUACAAUUACAGUUAUGCCUCUUAUGAGAGGAUGCAACAGACUGGAAAUAUGGGACAACAGUCUAUGAAUCCAGCUGUAUUUCAGGAGGCUUCUGCUAUGGUUAUGAAUGAUGAUUUAAUAACAGAAGAUCCACAGCUUCAUGUAGAUGUUCACAGAAUGAACAGAGAAUUUAUGGUGAGAAGUGAAGAACUCUUUGACACACUGAUGAGCUGUCAUUGGCAACCCCUGGAUACAGUCACAUCUGAGAUACCUACUGCUUUCUAAAAGUGUCUUACGUUAACACCAUAGCAUGACCGUUAAGACGAAGGUGCUAAAUUAACAUUUCUUUGACAUUACUUUAGAAUCUAAGUUUUAAAGCACAGUGAUGGAUUUUUUUUUGCUAUGCUUUGAUGGCCUUUGUAAUUUUUGUUCAUCACUCAGUAUCUUGAAAUCAUGUAAAUAUUCUAGAAAUGUAAAGAGUUACAAAGUCUAAAAAUAGACUUGUCUAUGUAAAUAAUAAAACUUUGUUUCUGCAAACAUGUAA